CUAGUUCCCAUUUUAUGGGAUUUUGGCCCUUUUGUCUCAUCGCUGCCUCUUUUGGGGUCGCUUUUGGGGUCACGUUUGAGAUUCCUAGUUCUCAUUUUAUGGGAUUUUGGGCCUUUUGGCUUAUCACUGGGGCUUUUGGGGUCACUUUUGGGGCUUUUGGGAUUCCUAGGUCCCAUUUUAUGGGAUUUUGGCCCUUUUGGCUCAUUGCUACCUCUUUUGGGGUCGCUUUUGGGGUUUCCCCGCAGCCGGACCCGGGCUCCCCGCUGGCCUGUGAGGAACGGGGGAUCUGGUUCCUGGCGGGGACGGCCAGCGGGGGGGGUUGCGCCGGGGAGGGCCCCCCCCUUUUCACCGCCGCCCCCCUCUACGAGCGCUGGAUCGCCGGCAUCACCCGCGAGGCCUACUUCGCCGAGACGCCCCCCGACCCCAAAGAGGCCGAGGAGCCCGACGACCCCAGUUUUUGGGGGACACCGCAGCCCCCGGAGGACCCCAAUGUUCAGGGCUCCCCCAAACCCACGGAGGACCUCAACCCUACUGAAAACCCCAAACCUUCUGAAGACCCCGAUGUUCGGGGCUCCCCCAAACCCACGGAGGACCUCAACCCUACUGAAAACCCCAAACCUUCUGAAGACCCCGAUGUUCGAGGCUCCCCCAAACCCACGGAGGACCUCAACCCUACUGAAAACCCCAAACCUUCUGAAGACCCCGAUGUUCGGGGCUACCCCAAACCCAUGGAGGACCUCAACCCUACUGAAAACCCCAAUGUUCGAGGCUCCCCCAAUCCCAAAGAAGACCUCAACCCUACUGAAGACCCCAAUAAUCAAGGUUCCCCCAAACCCGUGGAGGACCCCAAACCUUCUGAGGACCCCAAACCUUCUCAAGACCUCAACCCUACUGAAGACCCCAAUGUUCGAGGCUCCCCCAAACCCGUGGAGGACCCCAAACCUUCUGAAGACCCCAAACCUUCUGAAGACCCCAAACCUUCUGAAGACCCCAAACCCUCGGAGGACUCAGGUGACCGGGAGCCCCCCGAGCCCCCCCAACGCCACGGGGCCGCCCCCGCAGGACCCCACUGAGGGUGGGGUCCCCGCUUUUUGGGAUCGCCCCGAGCCCCUGGAGGAACCCGGGGACCCCGAUACCUGGCAGCACCCCCAGACCCCUCAGGACCCCGAUACCUGGGAAGGUUCCGGCGACGCCUGAACCCCCUUUUUGGGGG